GGCGCAGUACCGAAACUUUAACGAGGGCGUUGUGGCGCAAAUAAACUUCCUAAACAAUGUUGGUGGACUUCGUCACGAAGUGGUACAAACACCUGCUAAAAAUUGCCCCAUUUAUCUUGUUUUAGAGGUUUAAGGGUCAAAAUUAGACCUGUAGAUCUGCGUCAUGUAAAUUCAAGGGUAGUUUGAUCAAUCAUCAGCACGUGCGAUAAACAAACGGGUUACCGCCAAGUCUUCCAUAGCAAUCCACAUUUUCCUGCAGUAGUACGACAGGAGAGUAUUUUGGAUUGAAGAGGUCCUGAUUGAGGAGUGAGAGUAUAAUCAAUCAUGACAGGUGGCAAGAAACUAUCAAAGACUCGUCGGAUAAGUCGCAGUAGUAUGUCUGCCUCCUUCUUGCUCAAGGAGCGCUGGAAGACAUCAUCAGAGCGAAUGUUGGCAGCUGUUGAGAUGGUUUCAUCCUUCUUGAAUGAGCAAGCCAUCAAAGCUGCCACUUUCAUUGGUUUGGGCAAGCUAUUUGACAGCCCGUAUACCGAGGAGAUGGUUGUUCAGCAGACGCGGGUCCUGUGCCGCGAUUACAUCUUCACCAAGCUGCGUGAGAACUCCCUCCUCAAGCACGACAUCUAUCCGCCAGGCCUGGAGGUUGAUGACGUUGUGCGCGCCUGUCAGCCGAAAGGGCACGACAUGACGUGCGGGGCGUGCGACGUCUCCCGCGAACUCGUGACCAUCACGCAGGAGUUUGACCGAAUGUACCCAUAUCUCUUCAAAGACAUCUGCACGUACCUUCAUGUCAACUUUCAAACCGGGGCCCAGCUGCAGACAGUCUUUACAGCCGUGGCCGCCGAGCUCUUCCGACGCUCCAUCACCUGGGCACGCGUGGUGGCGCUCUUUGCAUUUACCGGCGCCUUAGUUGUGGAAUGCGUGGAGCAGGGUCACGUGAACUAUGCCAACAUCGUUGUAGAUUCUAUGCAAAAGUUCACCAGGAGACGCUUGGCUGCUUGGGUUGUUAAACAAGGAGGCUGGCCCGCCAUGGUUCAUCAUGUCCAGAGCUACCGAGUCUCAUCCUCUCGUCUUUGGUUCCUGUCUAUCAUCGGUGCAGCCGUUGGCAUCACCCUCACGCUGGGCCUCCCCUAGCUCAACCAGUGGCUCCGCCCCCAACACAGCAAGCAUCAUAGUUACGCAACACUCCAAGCCUUAUAAACUGUGACUUUCCACUGAAACCAUACUUUGAUAAAAAUAUUUGAGAUUCUAGCAACAUUUCCGAAGAACUUUCUGUCUGAAUUGCAUCGAGUAUGCUACUUGUUAUACUGUUGCCUAGACUAAACGGAUUUAAAAACUAAAUCUAGUUACAAGUUAUGUUACAAAGUAUUAAAUAAUAUUUAUAUCUUUCAGGUCUUUAAGUUUUCAGUUGAUUGUGAUACAUAAUACAUGAAGGGACAGUUACAGCAACUCCUUGGAACGCGAAGGUAAUGCAGAUGCAAGCAUUGUAAUAAUCAACCUGGUACUAAAGCAGUACAGGUGUGUACUUCUAAUUUUAAAGCAUUUUGACAGAAACCCAAAAAAGCCUCAAUUUUAAAAUGUUGUUCUCAAUAAGCCUCGCUGACAAACACUGACACACUCUUUAUGGGACUCUUGAAACUUACAUUAAGUGCUGUCCCUCAGGCAAGUGAAGAAAAAGAAACCUUUCAAAAUGUGAUUUGAGAGAUUAUAGUAUCACCCCGUAGGCUAGUCAACUUCAUUUGGACUUGUGAACUUGCUUUUGGGCCGGUGACAAAAAAAUGGCCCGUUAGUAUUUUUUUGACUAUGCUUAUCAAAGUAUUGACAAAGGAAAUUGUGUGUGAACGAUUUUAGUAAUUCCCUGCCAGGAUACAAUAAAUUCAACAACUUAGCUGAAUUUAAGUUUCUAAACUUUCAAAACUAUACAUACAUUAACUUUUAGGAUAUUACUCAUGGGUUCUGCUAACACAUCAAUGUUAGGAUUUUCAAAUUUUAAAGAACUUUAUUUCUUGCAGGGAGAUUAUAUUUCUGCAAAAUAAAUAUCCACUUUGCAGUCUGACAAAUAUUUACUCAAAGACUGGAACUGAGAUACUGAAUUCCAACACGUGGGAAGUGACGCCAAAGAUAGUGUGAUAUCAGGUCAGUCAACAAGGCACUUGAACAAAACGUUUACCCAGUGACGUCAAGGUCUUGUGGCGCAAUAGGUUAGCCACUCCUUCCACACUGUCCUUAGCUGAUCAAUGAAAUUCAUGGUGUCAUUUUUAGUGACAAUAACCGUAGCUAUUUCUGAAUGUACACGACCGCAUCAACUUUCGAUAUUCAAUCAGAACAAAAAAUUGAAUCUUUUAUCUACACAAGUACCCUCGCAUAAGGUAGAGGAACUUUGUCCAAGUCACUUCAGUUCCCAAAAAAUCCCUCAAAGCACUACGAGUUGCAUGCCAAAUGUAGAGCAAUAUUUGUGCCGAAGUAUGGACCACAAGAUUGCUUAUGCACACACGUCACCUGAUGGCUUUUGUACUCUGAUGACGUGUAUCCAAUUUAUUGGACUCAAGUCCACUGUGAUCCAGUCGAACACCCAGUCACUCACUGAUUGUGCAAUUGGUUUGAGUGCUGCUUAGAUUAAAUGUAGGUCCUAUAAAUGGUUCUGAAUUUCCUGUGGUGGGGGAUAGUACCCAACUGAGCCACAGCGAAGCGAGCCGUUCACCUGGAUUCUACCGUCUUUGACCCAGAUGUUGCCAUUCAUGCAGUUUUCCCCUUUUCUUUAUUUGCCAUGCAUAAUCAAGAGUAAAAAUUGGACAGUCAAAUUAAUUUGACUUAUGUUGGUCACACCAGGUCACACCAGGGGGACUUUCCCCCAGAUGAUAAUCACGCUGGAUUCCAUAAGGUGAUGAAAACAAUUCCACAGGGAUUAACAUUGAUAUUCUCCAAGUAUCUGAUGAAAGCAGUCUCCCAUAUCAUGUACACUGUAUAUAGUAUAUAGUAUAUUAAAAUAAAUCAAUGUAUGCAAAAUAUUUUUCUCAAACUACUCACAACUGUAAUAUUUAAUGAAGUAUUAACAGAGAUGUACUAAUUCUUGUACAGAAAUUUUUUUAGUUUUUGAAUAAAAGUUUUGGAGGAAA